AUGGCAGAAAUUAACACACUGCUGCUACUAAUACUCCUAGUAGUGAGAACUGCCAUAUCGUACAAUUUUAAACUGGAAUCGACUCAGUUCAGAGGGCGAGGUUACAUCGGCGACUUCGGAGACUUCGACAACACCGGCAGGCUGAACUACGCAACGUAUUCGUACAACCAGAACCUACAUAGGUCGACAAUAUACAUCUACUAUGAGUCAGCAAGUUCGAACAAAGUUGAAACGAAUGAUGAAGCAGCGGAUGGCAGGGAAGGGACGAGGUUCGACGGAAGGAAUAGAGAGUUUGACGUGGAAGGAGAGUGCGACGGGCUGACGGCAUCGGACCUGGAUUCGAAUGGGCUGCUGGAUUUGCUGCUCAUAAUGAAGGAAAAUAAACAAGAUAAACCAGAAAAAAGUGCACAGCUCUACUACCUGCUGGCAUACUUCCAAAACGAGGAAGGGAGGUUCAUCAACGCCUGGGACUCAAGGAUGGCCCUGGAACUGCUCUUUAACAAGUUGGACCCGAUAGAGUCGUCACUGCGCAACCUGAGGCCAGUGACGGUUCCCAUAGGCAUGUACGAGCUGACUUCAAUACACCCGCUGGUUGCAGACUUCGACGGCGACGGAUACUCAGACAUCAUGGUCCAGACGAAGACCAACAAGGUGUACUUCUGGAUAAACUACGGGAAGGUCUUUUUGCCCUUCUACAUGGAGUCUGUGCCUUCAAUAACGUUCAUCGGGUCAGUAGAGGGAGUAAUACCGAACCCGCAUUCGUGCUCUUUCAUUGACAUGAACGGAGACUGUCGUCCAGAUUUAGUUCUGACAUCAGAGAGAGUACAAGGCCCACACGUGGAAAUAUGGGUGUGCAUGGUAUCCGAGGAAAGGAUUACCUAUAACAGAAUAGACACGACCAUCCCGCUUCCGUACCACUACGGGAUGAUAACGUUCAACGACUUUGACUCGGAUGGGACGAAUGACCUCAUGAUACCCUUUUGCUACACAGUCGACGACGAGGGCUUUUGCGGAGACGGACUGAAGCUGGCAAUAGUGUACAACAAGCAGAUGCCCUUCUGCCCACAGAUGAUCAGGUCGUCAGAAGAGCAGUGCCGGCACCCGGACAAUUUGUGCAUAAAUUCGCCCAUGGUAUUCACGCCUUACAGGGACAAAGUAAUAGCAAUAGGAAUCAAAUACCAGUAUUUGUACCCGCUGAAGACCUCAAUGAAGCUGUUGUUUAGGACAGGAGACCAAGGGAAGCCGAUAACGCAGCUGGCUCGAGUGUCAGCGUGCGACUUCAACAAUAACUCGCUGAUAGAUUUGAUAUUGCCACUGUCAACAAUAGACCCGACCGACGGUAGCAAGAGGUACCUGGUGAUGGUGAUCAAGGACGUGGAUAAGGGCCAUGAAAUAACGACCUUGGAGCUGAAGGACCAAGGACUGGUGCCGACACACGCAACGGCAGCGGACAUAAUGGACAGGAGGAUGCUGAACCUGUUGGUGUUUGCAACCAACGGAAAGACGCUAAACUGUUUCUACUACUCGCUGUAUAAGGAAAACGUGGAUCUCUUCAUGAAGGUGAUGACGAAGUACAAGAACAUAGAGGAGUCGAAGUACCCGGACAGCUACUUCCUCUCAGGUUCGAACAACAACGGCCUGACAUACAAGUUGACAGUGAUAGACAUACACGGAAUAAAGAACGUGAGGACGGCAACCCUGAGGCCACAAACGGCAUACACGCCACUAUACACACCAUUCACAUACAUAGGGCUGGGAAAGACGAACAACUACGUGGAGGAACUGUACCUGGGAGUGGCUAGCUCAAAUAAAAACUACUUCCACAUGUGGAUAUCAAUCAUACCGAGCUGCACGGUGAUCACGCUGCCGAUUCCGCUCCACAAUCCAACACAGUGGAUACUGAAGCUGAGCAUUAUACCGGGGAAGAAGCUGUUCACGAUUUUGCUCUCCACGUCGCUGACACUUAUAGUGCUGGGAAUAGUAAUUUUAAUCUUCGACUUCAGAGAAAAGAGGGAAGACUACGUCAGGGCGAAGGGCUUCAGGCAGAAGUUUAUAAUCAACUAG